GUGGUCCCGACCGCUCUCUCAGGUCUCCCGGUCCUGGCAAGAUCUGCGAGGAGAGACAGGACGACGGAGUAGGAGCAAGGGUUCUGUCACUGAGGGGUUCGAAGCGGUCUCAGAGCUCCCACCUCGCGCCCGACCCCGGCCCCGCCAUGGGGUCCCCUUCCAACUCGGGCUUCUAUGUGAGCCGCACGGUGGCCCUGCUGCUGGCAGGACUGGCGGCCGCGUUCCUGCUGGCGCUGGCUGUGCUCGCCGCGCUGUACGGCCACUGCGCGCGCGUCUCGUCCUCCGCGCCGUGCGGCCUCGGGGUACCGGACGCUGCUCCCGCCCCGUCGGGUGGGCACGGGAAGCCACCGCCCACCCCGAAACCUGACCGUGCGCGCGAGGCUACGGUGACUCCCACCGCGGGCGACUGGCAUCCCCCUGGGCCCUGGGACCAGCCGCGCCUGCCACCCUGGCUCGUGCCGCUGCACUACGAGCUGGAGUUGUGGCCUCGGCUGAGGUUCCACAAGUUCUCGGAGAAGUCGCUGCGGUUCACCGGCCGGGUGAACAUCACGGUGCGCUGCACGACGGCCACCGCGCGGCUACUGCUGCACAGCCUCUACCUGGACUGCGAGCGCGCCGAGGUGCGGGGUCCCCUCUCCUCGGGCGCGGGGGACGCCGCCGCCGGCCGCGUGCCGGUGGAUAACAUGUGGUUCCAGCCGGACACGGAAUAUUUGGUGCUGGAGCUCGGCGAGACCCUGCAGCCAGGGAGCAUCUAUGAACUGCAGCUCAGCUUCCGGGGCAUGGUGGAUGAGUACCUCAGGGAGGGACUCUUCCUCAACGUCUAUACCGACCAGGGCGAGCACAGGGCCCUGAUAGCAUCUCAGCUGGAACCAACAUUUGCCAGGUAUGUUUUCCCUUGUUUUGAUGAGCCAGCCCUGAAGGCAACUUUUAAUAUUACAAUUAUUCAUCAUCCAAGUUAUGUGGCCCUUUCCAAUAUGCCAAAGCUAGGUCAGUAUGAAAAAGAAGAUGUGAAUGGAAGCAAAUGGACAGUUACUACCUUUUCCACCACGCCCCACAUGCCGACAUACCUAGCUGCAUUUGCUAUAUGUGACUUUGACCACAUCAACAAAACAGAAAGAGGCAAGGAGAUACACAUCUGGGCCCGGAAAGAUGCCAUAGCAAAAGGACAUGCAGACUUUGCUUUGAACAUCACAGGUCCCAUCUUCUCUUUUCUAGAAGAUUUAUUUAAUAUCAGUUACCCUCUUCCAAAAACAGAUAUAAUUGCCUUGCCUGAUUUUGACAAGCAUGCAAUGGAAAACUGGGGACUUUUGAUAUUUGAUGAAUCAUUAUUGUUGCUGGAACCAAAUGACCAACUGACAGAAAAAAAUGCUGAGAUCUCCUACACUGUCUCCCAUGAGAUUGGACACCAGUGGUUUGGAAACUUGGUUACCAUGAAUUGGUGGAACAAUCUCUGGCUCAAGGAGGGUUUUGCAUCUUAUUUUGAGUUUGAAGUAAUUAACUACUUUAAUCCUAAACUCCCAAGUAAUGAGAUAUUUUUUUCUAAUGUUUUACAUAAUGCCCUCAGAGGAGAUCAUGCCCUGGUGCCUAGAGCUGUGUCCAUGAAGGUGGAAAAUAUCACAGAAACAAGUGAAAUUAUGGAGCUAUAUGAUAUAUUUACUUACCACAAGGGGGCAUCUAUCGCCCGAAUGCUUUCCAGUUUCUUGAAUGAGCAUCUAUUUAUCAGUGCACUCAAGUCAUAUUUGAAGACGUUUUCUUAUUCAAAUGUUGAGCAAGAUGAUCUCUGGAGGUAUCUUCAAAUGGCCAUAGAUGACCAGAGUACAAUUCUUUUGCCAGCAACAGUAAAAAGCAUAAUGGACAGUUGGACACGCCAGAGUGGUUUUCCAGUGAUCACUUUAAAUGUGUCUACUGGCGUCAUGAAACAGGAGCCAUUUUAUCUUGAAAAGUUUAAAAAUCAGAGUCUUCUAACCCACAAUGAAACAUGGAUUAUUCCCAUUCUUUGGAUAAAAAAUGGAACUUCACAAUCUUUAGUCUGGCUAGAUAAAAGCAGCAAAGUAUUCCCUGAAAUGCAAGUUUCAGAUUCUGACCAUGACUGGGUGAUUUUGAAUUUGAAUAUGACUGGAUAUUAUAGAGUUAAUUAUGAUGCAUUAGGUUGGAAGAAAUUAAAUCAACAGCUUGAAAAGGAUUUUAAGGCUAUUCCUGUUAUUCACAGACUGCAGUUGAUUGAUGAUGCCUUUUUUUUGUCUAAAAACAAUUAUAUUGAGAUUGAAACUGCACUUGAGUUAACCAAGUACCUUGCUGAGGAAGACGAAAUCAUAGUAUGGCAUAUGGUCUUGGCACACUUGACGACCAGGGAUCUUGUUUAUGAUGUGAACAACUAUGAUACAUAUCCAUUAUUAAAGAAGUAUCUAUUAAAGAGACUUAAUUCAAUAUGGAAUACUUAUUUAACUAUAAUUCGUGAAAAUGUGUUGGCAUUGCAAGAUGACUACUUAGCUAAAAUAUCACUGGAAAAACUUUUUGACACUGUAUGUUGGUUGGGCCUUGAAGACUGCCUUCAGCUGUCAAGGGAACUCUUCAGAAAAUGGGUGAACUAUCCAGAGAAUGAAAUACCUUAUCCAAUUAAAAAUGUGGUUUUAUGUUAUGGCAUUGCCUUGGGAGGUGAUAAAGAAUGGGACUUUUUAUUAGAUGUUUACACGAACACAACAGAGGAAGAAGAAAGGAUUAAUCUUGCUUAUGCCAUGAGUUGCAGCAAGGACCCAUGGAUACUCAACAGAUAUAUGGAAUAUGCCAUCAGUGCAUCUCCAUUCACUUCUAAUGAAACAAAUAUAAUUGAUUUUGUGGCAGCAUCUGAAGUUGGCCAGUAUGUUGCAAAAGACUUCUUGGUCAACAAUUGGCAAGCUGUGCGUAAAAGAUAUGGAACACAAUCCUUGGUUACUCUAAUGUAUACAAUAGGGAGAACUAUAAGUACAGAUUUACAGAUCAUAAAGCUGCAGCAGUUCUUCAGUGACAUGUUGGAGGAGCACCAGAGGACCGAAGUGCAUGCCAAAUUACAGACAAUAAAGAAUGAAAAUCUGAAAAACAAAAGGCAAAGUGCCAGGAUAGCUGAGUGGCUACGGAGAAACACAUAGCUUGCGGCUACUUCAGCAUGCCUCUUGCAUAUUGUAAUGUAGUUUGCUCAGUUUUAUCUUCCAAUACUUUUUGAAUCUGGAAAACUACACAUCUUAUUAUUUGUAUUUAUCUCCGUCACACAUAUUAUUCAGAGUGCUGUUCUUCCCAUAUUGCCAUUAUUUGGUUCUGAGGCUUGGGGAUUGCAGAGGUUUUCCCAACACUGCUGUAUUUCUGGGGAAAGAUUUCAUUUAAGAUUGGGCUAUAAAUUCAGAAUUUAUUUUAACUGCCUUGCAAAAGUAAAUU